AUGCAGCUCGGUGGGUUGACUAUCAAGAACCAAGCCAUCGAACUGGCAGAGAACUUGUCUGCAUCCUUCGUGACCAACCCUUCCGACGGACUUCUCGGCCUGGCAUGGGGCUCCAUCAACACCGUCACACCAAUCCGAGUCCGAACUCCAGUCGAGAACCUCGUUGCACAGUCUGCCAUUCCUCCCGCCGCGGAGCUUUUCACGGCAUAUCUGGGCAGCUACAAGGAUGCCAACGACCCAGACCAUGGCCAAUCCUUCUACACAUUCGGCUUCAUCGACAAGGACGUCGUCAAGUCGACUGGCAGUGAUGUCUACUACACGCCCAUCGACAAUUCGGCGGGUUUCUGGCAGUUCCCUUCGUCCUCUUACACCAUCAACGGGACUGUUACAAAGACCGCCGGACGGACCGCAAUCGCGGAUACUGGCACCACUUUGGCGCUUGUUGACGAUGCGACGUGCAAGGCCGUCUACGACGCCAUCCCGGGCAGCAAGCUGUCGAAGGAAGUUGGUGGCUACAUCUUCCCCAAAGACACCGCGGCGGACAAGCUGCCAGUCAUCGGCUUCGACAUUGGUGGCAAGACUUUCAGGCUGAACAAGGAGGACCUUGCUUACGCUCCGGUCGGGAGUGGUAUGGUGUAUGGUGGUGUCCAGUCCGCUGGCGACUUGCCUUUCAACAUUCUCGGAGACGUGUUUUUGAAGGCGGUGUACGCUGUGUUUGACUGCGGCCGCCAACGCUUCGGCUGCGUGCAACGUGUGGAGCCAGACAAGCCCAAGCCGGCCGAGAAGAAGGACGCGCCUGUCCAGAAGGAUGCAACCCCAGCACCUCCGGCCGCGAAGCCUGCAGUACCCGCGCCGGCGACCCUUGUUCCUCCACCAGCGACUCCGGCACCUGCUCCUACGAAGCCAGCGGCCCCGCCUGCACCAACCACAGCCCCUCCACCUGUCGCUCCGCCAAACCCGGCGCCUCCCAAGCCAGCUCCGACCCCGAGCCAUGCGCAAGCGCCUACCGCUCCUCAUCCAGCGCCAGCGCCAGCGCCAGCGCCAACCGCUCCCCCUUCCGCUCCAAACGCCAACGCCCCAGCACCUAUGCCUGCCCCGGCAGCUGCGCCGCCAUCCGAGCCCGCUUCGGUGCCUCAACCGCCUCCUCCACCUCCACCUCCUGCAGACCCCGCGCCUGAUGCCGGUGCAGCGUAG